CUCGGCUUGACGUGCUGAUUCUUUGCUUGCAAAACGCCCAUUGAUAUCUCAAACUCGCCUGGAUACCCCUGUCUCUUGUCUAGCUGCUAUAUAUGGUCACCCCCACCGUUGUUCGACACCAUCCCGAGUCAGACACAUUUCCCGCCCAUCAUAUCUGGGUCUACGGGCCGUAACGGGUCGACUCCACCAUCGACCAGCCAUCAUUACCAUAGCUGGUCUUUGACGGACACAACCAAACUGAAUCUAAAUAUAUAAGACGGGAAGACACCGGAGGAGAAGAGUUUUGGGGUAGUCUUUGCGCAGGCCAGUGAACUGCUACAUAGAAUGUCUCUCAACCGCGUCUCCUACUUAGAGUCCUGGGAGCAGAAUCCAGCUGCAUUCCGUCAUCAGCCUUAUCAAGGAGACUCCGAGGACGAGGAAAGCUACCAUGAUCUGCCAGAGCCCUCCUUAUCGUCUUCAUUCAGGUCCAAUAUUAGUCGUCAUUCCUUCAGACAUCGUCUCAAUUUCAACCCGUAUGCGGGACCAGCAUGGGGGCAGGCCACUGUGGAUGAGCCCACAAGUGAGCAAAACCCACCUCUUCAAGCCGCGUCACCCAAGAUCACUACGCUCAAUGCGGUGAACAGGGAGGAGUCUGCGCCUGAGCAGCUUGCACCAAAAGUGCAGGAGUGGCCCGGUGGCCGGGAGACCACGGGGGCGUUUGAAGUGAGCCAUACCAAACGCAUCUUGCAGGUUUGCAUAGCAGUACUUUAUUGUCUACUUGCUGCGGGCAUAGUCUUUGGAUUCGCAGCCAUCAAGCCGGUUUUGAUCAGAGAGGGUGUCUACCGGGACCAGUGUUCGCAAGAAGAGCUUGACAACAAUUCUGACGUAUGCUACGGGCAAGAGCUUCGGUUGAAUUUGAUGUUCACCAUCGCCGCUGUCGCAACCAACGUCUUUGCUCUUCCAGUUGGGACAAUCCUCGACACUUACGGCCCGCGGGUCUGCGGCAUUAUUGGCAGCAUUUCUCUUAUCCUGGGUUCAUUACUUUUCGGACUCUCUGACAAAGUCCCCUUCGAUGGCUACAUUCCCGGAUACCUCUUUCUCUCCCUUGGCGGACCGUUUGUCUUUAUUUCCUCGUUCCACCUUUCAAACACCUUCCCGACGCGGUCCGGCCUCAUCUUGUCUACACUGACCGGCGCUUUUGAUGCCUCCAGCGCCCUCUUUCUCAUAUUCCGACUUGUUAACGAGAGCACAGAGGGGUCAUUCACCUCGACCAGGUUCUUCCUUCUCUAUCUGGUAGUCCCCAUCUUCAUCAUCACCGCCCAACUCACUAUCAUGCCGGCAACCUCAUAUAAGACCGCCGGCGAACUCGUCCAAGAAGCGCAAGCCCACAUCGUGGCCGAGGCCACAGACCAUGUCGACAACGCGAUCCAGGACCGCCACGAAGGCGAGCGCCAGCGCAACGACCGACGCCUGCACCGUCAAAGCGUUGUCAGCCAGAUCCAAGACCUCCUCUCCUCUCCCACCCUGCAACCACAAGCCCCCACCGACGACAUCCCUCCACUCCAACGCGCCCUCUCCCCCGAGCCCAUCCACAUCACCAACAACAGCACCACAAACACCACCGACACAACCACCACCAGCCAGUCCGACAAACCGCACACCGCAGGCGGCGUCUGGGGCGCCCUCCACGGCUCGUCAGCACUCGCGCAAGUCCGCACGCCGUGGUUCAUCCUCAUCACGCUGUUCACAGUCCUCCAAAUGCUGCGCAUCAACUACUUCGUCGCAACCAUCCGCCAGCAAUACACGUACCUCCUGCACUCGCCAGAGCAAGCCGCAACGCUCAACUCGUCCUUCGACAUCCUCCUCCCGCUAGGCGGGCUACUGUCGGUGCCCUUCAUCGGCACGAUCUUGGACUCCGCCGGCACCCCAUCGGUGCUCCUCACGCUAGUCGCAACCGCCACCCUAAUCGGCAUCCUAGGCUGCAUCCCAACCCUAGAAGCCGGCUACGGCAACAUCGCGCUCUUCGUGCUGUACCGCCCCUUCUACUACACCGCCGUCUCAGAUUACGCCGCCAAGGUCUUCGGCUUCCAGACCUUUGGCAAAGUCUACGGCCUGAUCAUCUGCCUCGCAGGGCUGGGCAACUUCGCCCAGGCCGGCCUCGACGCCUUAACCUUCACCGUCUUCGACCGCGACCCCACCCCCGUCAACGCCCUGCUAACAGGCACCACCUUCCUGGUAGGCGUCGCCCUGGUCACCUUCGUCAGCUGGCAAGCCCGCCGCAUGGCCACGAGCCACAAACUCGUUGACGGAUCCUCCGGACCAACGAACGCAACAACAACAACAACCACCACCGAGGUCGUAGAGAACGGUCUCAGCGUUCCAGGCCUGCACGAUGGCGUUGACACGAGAGAUUGGGGCCAUCACCAACAGCGUGAACGCGAGCCAUUGCUCCGUCAAGGGAAUGAUGCGUCAACGGCUUUGUACGGGACCACUCGCAACCAUGAUUGAUGAUGAUUAUUAUGUUAUGAUGAUUCUACACGUCAUGUCUACCUACCUACUGCAGCUUACGAAUUACGCACGCACGCACGCACGCACGCUCUUUCCUUUAGCAGGUCCCGCUGCUUACUUUAUUUUCUCUAUAGUCCGUACCAUGCUCAAGAGCAACAAGGCAACAAUGUGCAUCGUUCACCUUACAUUUCCCCCGCGCUUGAUUAUUCAUUCCUGUUGUUGUUUUUCGUGAGGAUUGAUGUACUUUAGCCAAGAUUCCAACCAGACUACAUGUAGAAAAAAAUAUUUUUUCUUCCCC